UGGUGAGGUACUGGUGGAGGAACAGCGGCGGCAGAGCAAUGGUUCAGUGAGGAGCCGAAGCAGAAUCAAGAGCCGCGCUGCUCUUUUAGCCACAGCGCAGCCUGUACGUCUGGGGCUGCCCUGGCGGCUGGGACAUAGAGACAGACAGACAGAGGAGAGACCAAGGGGGGAGCCGCACCGAGAUGCCGUAACCAUGGACUGUAGACUGAAAGAGAGCCCAGAAAGAACCUUUGAUCUGGUAUUCAAAGUGACUUGCCCAGCUUCCGACAAUGAAGAUCCAGUGAUUGUGUGGAAGUUCCCAAAGGAUUUCAGAGACCAGGAAGUGCUGCAGACUGUGCCGAAGUUUUGCUUUCCUUUUGAUGUUGAAAGGGUUUCACAGAGUCAAGUGGGACAGCAUUUCACUUUUGUGCUUACAGACAUCGAAAGCAAACAGAGGUUCGGCUUCUGUCGCUUGACCUCAGGAUGUAGAGUCUGCAUCUGUAUCCUCAGUUAUUUGCCUUGGUUUGAAGUUUACUACAAGCUACUGAAUACAUUGGCAGAUCUUUUAGUUAAGGAGCAGGAAAAUGACUUGAAUGAUAUUUUAGAAACUUUGUAUAAACACGAUGUACCAGUGCCAAAAACUCCUGUCAAUCUCAGUCUGAAUCAACAGAUAUGCAUUAGAAGUGGACAGCUGAAAAACAUGCCAAAACGGGGUUUGCGUUCAUACUUCAUUACCCCUGAUACAAGUGGACUGCCCACAAUACCUGAAAGUAGAAAUAUGACUGAAUAUUUUGUUGCUGUGGAUGUCAACAACAUGUUGCAACUUUAUGCCAGUAUGCUGCAUGAACGACGUAUUAUCGUUACCUCCAGUAAACUUAGCACUAUGCUCACUGAUGAAAUAACGCACUGGGUUAGUGAAAAUGUAUGUGGGGAAACAUUGACAGCAUUCUACAACUUUAACAGUUCUUGCAUCAAGUAAAACAAGCACAACGGGA